AUGACUACGAGAUCUGUUUACAGUCACGAUCAUUGUUGUCUAAUAAACAUUUUGAAGCAAUCUGGUUGUGAACGUUACUGCAAGAUUGGGUUAAACUCAACAUGGAUUGAGGGUGGUGGUGGUGGUGUUCGUCGUGGUCGUGUUCGUCGGCGUCGUCCUAUCUUUCUUCUUCUUGGUCGUCGUCGUCGUCCUAUCUUUCUUCUUCUUGGUCGUCGUCGUCGUCGGGUAUUGGCCUUCUGA